AUGACGUCUGCUACCACAGGCGAGAGGAUAUUCGACGAGCUGGGCGACCUUUGGCUUGUCGUGCCGGCCAGAUACGACGGCACAGUAGAAGCUGUCAGGUUCCGCGUGUGCUCGCGGGCACUUGCGCGGUGCUCGCCCGUCUUCCGCACCAUGCUGUACGGGCCGUUUGUCGAGGCGCGACCGGCCGAGCCGCAUGCUGCGGACUGGAGCAUCACUUUGGAGGACGAGGAUGCGCUGGCACUCGAGGACCUGCUCUGUCUGAUGCACAGCCGGUAUGACGAUUUCAGCCUGGAUCCACGGCUGCCCGACGGCGGGUCGAAUGCGUUCAUCGAGGCCCUGUACGACUUCAUCACGACGGUCGACAAGUAUGACUGCGCUGGCAUGACCCGGCCAUGGGCGCAGUCGUGGAUCUCGUUGCUCAAGGGGACGCGGACUUCGGACCGCAAGAUGCUGCGGAGGCUGGCGUGGAUCUACUACCAGCUCGGUGAUCGAGAGGGGUUCGAGAGCACGGUGCGGACCCUGAUUGUCGAGUUUCCGCCGUCGGAAGCUGGCGAGAUGGAAUUUUUUGGGGACGGCGAUGAGGCCGCUGGGGAAGAGAUCAUUGCGGAAGCUCCAGGUCUCGAAGACUCGAUAUCAUCCCACCGCUGCUCGGUGGUCAACUCGUUACUUGCUCCGAUUCGGCACCUAGAGAAGGGCGCCUUUGGUGGAAUGUCCAACUUCUGCGCGGUGACAUCGGCUCCCUAUGAGGAGCGCGAGGCAUGCCAGGAGCGGCUGCGGAGGGCGGCGAUUCGGCAUUUGUUGUCGUGCGGCUUCUGGCCGCUGCCCCGGGAUCUGAAGUUGGUCAGUCUGACGCCACGCGAGCUGGAGAGGCUGCUGGGCAGGGUCAGCUCGAUGAGCAUCAGCACGAGUCCAACAUCCAACCCACCGCUGGGCACGUACUCGAGAGCCGGGCUGGAUGACACAAUGGCAUCGCCGGCCAUGUCUGUGUAUGCGGCGGCAUCGAGGGUCAACAGCCAGGUGAACGGGACACCCCACGCGCUGUCGAGCCGGCACAUGUGCUGCACGGUGUCGCCGAGUGCUGGCAACGGGAAUGAGAAGGUGGUCGGGAGUGUGGUCGAGGCAUUCGAGUACACGGCGACAUUCCCCGAGGCGAGGCAUCUCGAGGCGCAGGCCAUCAAGACAGGGCUUUGUCUGACUGAUGCAGGAUCUGUGCGCAAGGCGAAGACGAUGGUCAAGAGCGGACGGACACUGGUGUCGAGGACAAAUUAUCUGGCGAGUGCAGGUAGUGCAAGAAGCGAAGCCUGA